AUGGUUAUCUACUCCUUGUAUUUGUGUCCUAUCUUAUGUUUGCAUGUUCUUCUUUCAUCUCCCAAGUUGGCAACAAUUCUCACCAAUAUAUAUCUUCUUAUUAUUUUGUUUGUAGAGGAAUCUGAAACAGAUAGUGAAGAGUCAGAUGUUAGUGGUUCUGAUGGAGAGGACACAUCUUGGAUCUCAUGGUUCUGCAACUUGCGUGGAAAUGAAUUUUUUUGUGAGGUCGAUGAUGAUUACAUACAGGAUGAUUUUAAUCUCUGUGGACUAAGCAGUCAAGUUCCGUACUAUGACUAUGCUCUUGAUUUAAUUUUGGAUGUUGAAUCGUCUCAUGGCGACAUGUUUACUGAGGAACAAAAUGAACUCAUAGAAUCAGCAGCGGAGAUGCUUUAUGGUUUGAUUCAUUCUCGAUAUAUAUUGACCAGCAAGGGAAUGGCUGCCAUGUUGGACAAGUACAAGAACUAUGAUUUUGGAAGGUGCCCAAGAGUUUAUUGCUGUGGACAACCUUGUCUCCCAGUUGGUCAAUCAGACAUUCCCCGUGCAAGCACUGUGAAAAUAUAUUGCCCCAGAUGUGAAGAUAUCUACUACCCUAGAUCUAAAUAUCAAGGCAACAUAGAUGGAGCUUAUUUUGGGACUACAUUUCCUCACCUGUUCCUCAUGACAUAUGGGCACCUGAAGCCACAAAAGGCAUCACAGAGCUAUGUUCCACGAGUAUUUGGAUUCAAAAUCCACAAGUCCUAAUGACGUAAUUGCGCUUCCAUUUGGGCUUGAUUUCUCGUAAGUUUGUAUCAUAUAACUUCUGCUAUGAAGUACUUCUCUCGAGAAUUCAGGUAUAGUUUUAGUAGCGUUCCUGAUAAUUCACAAGCUAGGCUCUCUUUUUUGUGUGUUUCUAGAAGUGCCAUAAAAAUUUGCCACCAUGUCAACAACUUUGUUUAUGUCAAUUUAGCUGCCUAGUCAGUAGACUUUCCUUUUCCUCUGCUCUCUCCUGGUAUAGUUGGGUAAAUACAUUGCCCUGUAAUGUCUUCUUCUUUCUUGUUUUCCCUUUUCUAUUAUUUGUGUUAAUGAUGUGAUGAUGCGCAGUUGACAACUGCACUGAAAUGGUCUUUGAAAUUGACAGAAUUGUAUUUAUAUUUUCUUUUUAAA